AUGCGGCCUUUGGGUGAAGCCGGGCCUUUGAUCGUGUGUUUGGACACGAGCGGCAGCAUGAUGGGGCAGCGAGAAGUCCUCAGCAAAGCCCUGGUGGUGGAAUGUGUCCGGCAGGCGCAUCGACAGAAUCGCCCCUGCUACCUCUACGCCUUCUCUGGGAUGGGUGACCUGAAAGAGAUUGAGCUGGACAUGUCCCAGGCUGGUCUCAGGGAGGUUCUCACCUUCCUGAGAAGUAGCUUCGGCGGCGGAACCUACUUGGAGGAUGCGCUGGCUCGGACAGCGGAGCGACUUGAGGAACCUGCCUGGCGCAACGCA